CGUUCAUCUGUACCAGUUGAUCGACGCAAAAACCAACCCGAUCAACUGGAAGUGGGUCCAAGGAUGGAAUCAAACCCUGAUGGAAAUCCUGAGUGACCCUUCGCAAUACAACCAGCUGGAAAUGUCUCUACCUGGAGCCAAUACCUGCAAUGAAGCUUACUUCCAGAACCUGACUCGAACGAUCGGUGCUGAUGAAAGUCUACAAUUCCCGGAUGCGGACGUUAACAUCCUCUCCAUCUACAUAACAGAUCUGAUCGAAACAUGCCAAGCGACCGGUUUGGAGAACAUAAUGUUCCCGGAAUUUUCCAAUUAUUAUGAAUGGGACUCCCCCGCCGCCAACUUGUUUGGUCCGGAGUUGGCUUCUAUUUUCAAGAACAAGACAUUGUCUCCUAUACAUGCAGAACUGGUGGACAACUUUAAAGAGUUUAUGGUGGACUGUAGAUACAUGUCCAAGAAUUGUACACAAAUCGAACAAUUCGUUGCUGAAUUCCACGUGUCUUAUGGGAUCUGCUACACAUUCAAUCAGGUGACGGAAGAGAAGGAUUUGGAUAAGGCCAAGAAAUCCUUCCGCACCGGGAGCUGGGCAGGAAUGAGUAUGGAAUUGAUGUUCAACCAGAUGGAUUAUAUCCCCACUUUUGUGGCUGCUGGAGCUGGAGGACGGGUGGCGAUUUCGGAUCCCGGCACUUUGCCAGAUCCCACUGAUGCUGGGCACUACAUUCAACCAAACACUGAAACUGAUUUUGCCCUCAGUUUAUCAAAAAUUUCAAGAUUGAAAGCCCCGUACACCUCGACUUGCUGGGACGCCUGGAAUGAAUCACCGUUCAAACCUCUGUUCUAUGUGAAUGCCACCAGCUCUGAUAUGAAGCCAGUUCUCAAGUACACGCAGAAGGAAGAAGUGGCGGAUAAUUAUCGAAAUACCAUCACUGAAUUCAAUAACGUAAGGGCAAAAACUGCGGAGGAGAAGAAAAGCAUUUUAUCCAGGGAAUUCGCCAAGGUCAACAUAUAUUUCGAAACUUUGAAGGUUGAAGAGGUUCAAGAGGAAGUCAAGUACGAUAUGUCGAAAGCUCUGGGUGACCUCGGCGGAGCAACUGGCCUGUACCUCGGGAUUUGCAUCGUCACUUUCGUGGAAAUACUCGAACUGAUACUUUCA